AUGCAGCCUGGGUCGGGAUACCCAGAAGCCGCCACCGACCAGCUGCAGGAUGCUGCAGCCCGCGGACGACCCCAGGGGGUGGGAGGCCGCCAACCGCAUCGCACCGUCGCACACAGUGCUUGGAAUAAAGUGGAAAUCUCCGUGAUGUUCAAAAAAUCUGCGCCAGCAAUACCCCCCAGCACUGAGCCUCCGACCGAGGAAGAAAUGAUGGAGGAUAUUCUGAAGGGAGACGUGGAUGCCCAACGUGAAUUUGAACUGUCAGAUGAUGAUGUUUCGGAAGUUGGUGCAGACUUGACGGAGUCUCUUGAUGAUCCGCCGGAGGAGCAGUUACUUUCUGCAGCGCUGGGUGCUCCAUCAAGACGCUUGGCAUUUAAAGCUGUUGUGAAUCUCAUUGAAGCUUAUGAAGAACUGCAACGGUCUGUUCCCGCGUCGAAACGUGAAACGCCAGCUUAUGAAGCGUACCAGCAACGAAUUUUUGAGGUUAUGCAAGAAUGCCUUCACCAACUCAGCAAGACCCGUUGCCUGGUUGACGAUGUAUCUUGGUACCAGCAGCUGGUCAAGAAUUCUGAGGCUCGCGAACAGUAGCGAUGUACGAUUUGAUAAAUUUCGGUUUCCCUCAUUGUUAUCUAUUCCUGUAUAAAACAAAGGGUGUCGUCACCCCCCAGAUUGUAUGUUUCACUUUAAAAUUGCGUUUAAAAGUUUCCUAGCACGUUCCAAAAAAGUUUACAUUCGACGCUUGAACCGGUGAAUUUGCGUAGACGAUUCCCUUAAAUGUCCCAAAAAAUAUGUUUCAGUUGUAAAAAUGUCUCAAGUAUAACGAGUAAGCAUUAAUUUUAGAAACCUUAUGCCAAAACGUGAAAUGACUUAUUCCGGGAUGGCGCGUGAAUGUAAGAUUAGGGUUACAUUCGUUUCAAGUCUGAACUUUGAAUGUGUAAUUCGUGUGGUUUUUGGAUGAUGGCCUGGAGUUUACGGAUGAAAAAUUUUUGAUCCAUUUAAAAAUGUGGAGGAAUACGUGAACUUGUGUAAUAACUGUUCGGUUUUUAUUUUUCCAUUCUUGACGUUCCUUGGUCAUUCGCAAAACCGAAAUUUUGGCUCAUCUCCGUGAGAGAAAAGUCGAUGGUUGUCUGUGAUGGAAGGUGAAUGAUUCACGUUUCUGGUUGAUGUGAAAAUGUUUACGCUGAACGAACGUGGAAUUGUAAGUGA